GUUCCGUUCCCAAAAACGUCAAGCACAGUAAACCUGGAAUAGAACAAAGUUGGCCUUAGACAUACUGAUAUAAACUAGGUUUUGCGUCCCCCCUUGGCUUAACUAAGGAUUUGGGAUGUAGCUGAUCCUAGAUCGGUUCUUACAUCCCUCGGGCAACUUAUACCUGGAGCUGAAACUAAAAAGCAAGUCAAUUGGUUGUAGCCUACUUCCGUGUUUUCUUUUAAACGAAGUAGCUCCAUACACACAAGAAAAAGAAGAAACACAACCAUGACUUUCCUUCGAAGGUUUGCGAUUAGGCACUGCUCUCUAUCCCGCGGCUUGGGUGCUCUAUCCCCGGCGUCUCUUGGAGCUCCAGGCUCGGUAACGUUACACCGUCUGGGAGUGGAAAAGCUGCCCAGCCGAGGACGCCCUUUCACGGGGCACAAUGACACACACACAAGCUGGCUACACACCGAGACGCCAGAGUCCGUAGAAGUGGAUCUAAAGCGACUAGAUGGAGAGGACACUGGUAUAGCUGAGGUGUUGAUGUGCCGUCAGAAGGCAAAGAACGCUCUGGGCCGUGUGUUUGUCUCUCAGAUGAGGGAGCUGGUGUCCUCUCUACACCAUGACACAGCUGUGAGAGUGGUGGUCUUCAGGAGUCUGGUACAAGGGGUCUUCUGUGCAGGAGCUGAUCUGAAGGAGAGAGCUGAGAUGAACCACUCUGACUCCGAUCUGUUUGUUCACGGCCUGCGCUCACUCAUGACUGAGAUCGCCUUGUUGCCCAUGCCGACGGUUGCUGCGGUGGAUGGCUUCGCCCUUGGAGGGGGUCUGGAGCUGGCGCUCGCCUGUGACCUUCGAACAGCUGCCAACUCUGCACAGAUGGGUCUGAUUGAGACAACACGGGGGCUGCUCCCAGGGGCGGGGGGCAGUCAGAGGCUGCCCAGAGCGGUGGGCUUUGCCCUGGCCAAAGAGCUGAUCUUCACCGGCAGGAGAGUGGAUGGACAGAGGGCUGUGGACAUGGGGCUGGUCAACAGAGCUACCGAGCAGAAUUCAGAUGGAGACGCUGCCUAUAGAGAGGCACUGAGUCUGGCUAGAGAGAUACUACCACAGGCUCCCAUUGCUGUGAGGAUGGCUAAGGAGGCUAUGAACAGAGGCAUGGAGGUGGACAUCACAUCAGGGAUGGCCAUAGAGAGGAUGUGUUACGCCAGGGUGAUCCCGACAAGAGACAGACAGGAGGGUAUGGCUGCCUUUAUAGAGAAGAGACCCCCACGCUACACUGGAGAGUAACACACAUGGAGACUGCUAUUGUGAUUGUACACAAACCUAAUUUUCAUUCCUUUAAUAAAGUGUUUUUCAACUGCAGUUGUAAUAUUUUAGCAGAUGGAUCAAGGAUAAGUGUUUGCAAUAAAGGGAUACAGAGACAGUACUCGUUUACGACCGAUGGGGGGGUGUACAUUCUUUAUUUCAGAAACAUGAAAACAUGACCCUCAGCAGCAACAUAUGCAAAUGCUUCCCCUUAGAUCCACUCUGCCCCCAGUUUCAUGAAAUACCCACACUGAAAGAAGAAACUGACUGUCACAUUAGGGGAAUGUACAGACAAGACUAAACUUUCCCACAGCUUCAAUCACAGUGAGGAUGCAAACUCAAAUUUUUAUAUUCUGUCAAUAUGUAAAUUAGGAUGCUAACUUUAGUUCACAAAUCAGUUCUGUACAUUGCCUUUGAUGCCAUAGAGAAGGGAUAGUAUGACCCAUGCAGCAGUAGCAAGCACAUACAAUGUGUAGGCUGAUUGAAAUUGAGCAUGUUGUGAUUUGCCAGCAGCCAUGAAAUGUAAUGUCAGCCUCAGUUGCAUAGAGAAUGAAGGCAGCAGCCUAUAGCAUUAUCACAACAAGGAUCACGCUCAGAAUGUUGCAGAUAGAAUUGCCAUGAAUAAAGCAGACAUGAUUCUGUUAAUCAAGUCAGAGGCAUUUCUGAUUCAGAACAUUCCAUAACAUUGUACCUACUGAACAAGGCCCUGAUGGGAGAGCGCAAUCAAGAUUCCAAAUUGACUGAAGCCUCAUGCACUUCUUGUGUACAUCUGAAAGGACUGUGUGGGGUUGAGCAAUAUGGUGAAAAUUCAGAGAGCAAGGUGGGGAACCUGACAUUUUUCUUACACCUAUUCAAUUCUUUUACAUCUAGAUGAAGUGCCUAAAGGGUAGGGGCUAUGGGUCGAUUUGGGAUUGAGCUACUCUCUGCUUCAGAAUUCCCUCAGUUUUGACUCCUUUGUUCCAUUAAGUACCUCAUUUGGAAAUAAACCAAACACUUGUA